AUGAGUAUCUCGCCUCCUCCCACUCCGCCAUCGAGGGCCGUAACAGACGACGAGUGCAGAUUCCAAACUAUUACGUUACCCUGUGAGUGGGUGGAGGACUACCGCCCAGGUGGUUACCACCCCGUCGUGCUCGGCGAUGUCUUCAACAACGGUCAGUACAAGGUCAUCCGGAAGCUGGGUGAGGGCUCCUACUCGACAGCUUGGCUCGCUCGCGAUCUUAAUAAGGGUGGAUAUGUCGCCCUAAAGAUUCUGGUAUCGGCAAUUUCGGGAUCGACAACCGAGCUACGAAUCUUACGGCACAUCGCCGAAGCCGCACCAGCAGAAGCAGCCCGGCAUGUCACGCCGCUGCUAGGCGAGUUCGAACAUCGCGGCCCCAAUGGUGUCCACAGGUGCUUGGUAUUUGAGCCCAUGGGCCCCAGUGUAAAUACUAUGGUUGAGGAGCUGCCGCAGUUUAAUCCUCGCCGGCGAGGAAUGAAGAUCCGCUAUCCGCUUUGGAUGGCAAAGGGCAUCCUCAAGCAAUCCCUGCAGGCUCUUGCAUUUCUCCACGAAAAUGGUAUCGCCCAUGGAGACUUCCAGCCGGGAAACAUACUCUUCACUCUGAACAAUAUAGACGCGACGCCCGAGGACGUGCUCCAGCAGAAGGAAGAUGUACAGGCCCGGUCGGUCUCCCCACCGGUACAGAGGCUAGAUGGUAAACAAGAUAAAUGGGCUCCUCGAUACCUUUGUGCUGCGCAACCACUGGUGCCUCUUACCUACUACGCUGAAGGCUUUAGGGUUAAAUUAUCCGAUAUGGGCGGCGCGUAUUUCUUUACAGACCCACCACAAAAGCCCGUUACUCCACUCGGUCUGCGAACUCCCGAGUUGAUUCUGACCGGAGCCGUUGACAAUACUGCUGACGUCUGGAGUUUCGGUUGCCUCGUAUUUGAGCUGAUCACCGGACAACCACUCUUCUGUAUACCAGGGUCUGAGGAUGAGGAUGACGAUCAUCUUCUCUCCCUUUCUGACCGGCUCGGUCCCCUUCCCGAGGAGCUUUUUAGGCAUUGGAAAACCUCGUCCCUCUACUUUACGCCGGAGAGGAAGCUCUUUAAUUGUCAGCUGGGAGGAGUCGCUCUAGACGAGGAGCCGCUUAUGGUAGAGCAGACGUCCCUAGAAGACUUAUUCGAUCAGGGAGGGCCUGAUCUUGAUGAGGAGGAAGCCAACAAAGUGAAGGCGCUCAUUCGGUGGAUUUUACAAUAUAAUCCCGCGAAGAGACCUUCGCCUGCGCAGAUCUUGGCUGAUCCAUGGUUCUGCGAGAUUAAUGUA